AUCAACGCACCUCAACUCUAUUUCUACUCAAUCAAUGAUUCGGUAGUGUCUUAUUUAGAUGUGGAGAAGUGUAUUGAGAUGAUGCGCCGCAAGUCGAUACCAGUGACACCAGUAUCAUUUGAUGAGUCCAAACAUUGUAACCAUCUAUCCAUUCAUCCAAUGCGUUAUCUUGCUAGUCUCUAUCAACAUUGGGAGACAUGUCUUCGCGCACCUCGCAUCAACAGUUUUGUCGAUGGUAUAUUUGGCAGUUUC